UUCACACGCAAUAACGAUGGGUCGCCGUGAAAUUAAGCGCUCUAACACAAGUGGCUCUACAGUAAAAUCCUAUGACAGCGGCAGUGCUACGACAAAUUUCGUUGGGAAAUUUACACAAAGUGUAAGACGUAUCGUGCAAGAUGUUAAGGAUGAGGGAGCUCCAAGUGGUAUGAGUCGCGAAGAAGUCAUUGAGACAAAUGAGAGACUGAGGAAUUUGCGCAUACGUUUAGAGGAGUCCUAUGACACUGCUAAAAAAGCUUUAAUUACUCUAAUGAAUAAAUAUGGCGAUUCAAAGAGUCAACGUAAUGUGUUUCAACGUUAUCCUAUGCUGAAGCUUAUGAUAAAGGAUGUCAUACGUCUGGAAACCCAAUAUUGGACUCUAAUAGACAUUCCACGGCAAGAGAAACAGGAAACUGUACCUUCUUACGUUAUGCGAGCCUGCGCCAUUAUGGAGAAGACACAAAAGUCGGGUGAAGGUGUUAAAACGUCGGCUAAAUUAGCCGAAGAAGCUGCCGAGAAACGUGAACGUUUAGAAAGAUUAGAUACUAUGACUACAGCCCAAAUUGAACAUGAAAACACUCAAUUGAUUAACGAUUUGUAUCGAUUGUUGAAAAAAUAUUUGGGUCUAAGGCAUUUGAUAAGAGUUCUGAAGGAGGAGUAUGGCAGCUCAAAGUUAUAUCCCAUUUUUCCACGUUACACUAUGCUUAAGGAUAUGAUUAAAGGCAUUAUGCACGAUCCCGAUUAUAUGGAAGUAUGUCAUGAAAUCAACAACUGAAUUCACUUAAACGGUACGUGUCGCCAACUAACAUGAGAACAAAUACAUGUAAAAUAUAUUUAGUAAAAAUAACAGAAACACGCACACAAAGACAAAGACAGUUAGUACCUAUAACUAACUAAAGGAGAUAAAAGAAAGAAACGAAAAAAAAAAAAAAAACAAGAAAUUAAGAAAAAUAUAUACAUAAGCAUCGGAAAAAUUUUGCAACUUCCUAAAGUUUAGCAAGGAUUUCAUUUUGAUGUUCUUCCUUAACACGAUGUGCACACGGAACACAACUUAAUAUAAAACAUUAUUGCGCUUAGCUAGAUAAAAAUUCUUUAGCAAAUUGUUCAAAACUAAAU